CCCAGCAUCCCGCGCCGCGGCGCGCCGAACUGCAGACCAGCGUCAUGGCUGCUUCGAGACCGCCCCAGGUCCAGGAGCUGCUGGCCGAGGCCCGGCGAGCCUUCCGCGAGGAGUUCGGGGCCGAGCCCGAGCUGGCCGUGUCGGCGCCGGGCCGCGUCAACCUCAUCGGGGAACACACGGACUACAACCAGGGCCUGGUGUUGCCUAUGGCAUUGGAGCUGGUGACCCUGCUGGUAGGCAGCCCCCGAACAGAUGGGCUUGUCUCUCUCCUCACCACCUCUAAAGAUGCUGAUGAGCCCCAGCGGCUGCAGUUUCCACUGCCCACAGUCCACCGGUCACUGGAGCCUGGGACUCCCCGAUGGGCCAAUUAUGUCAAGGGAGUGAUUCAGCACUACCCAGCUUCCCCCAUCCCUGGCUUCAGUGCAGUGGUGGUCAGCUCAGUGCCCCUGGGGGGUGGGCUGUCCAGCUCCGCAUCCUUGGAAGUGGCCACGUACACCUUCCUCCAGCAACUCUGCCCAGACUCGGGGGCAAUAGCUGCCCGGGCCCAGGUGUGUCAGCGGGCCGAGCACAGCUUUGCAGGGGUGCCCUGUGGCAUCAUGGAUCAGCUCAUCGCACUGCUGGGGCAGAAGGGCCACGCGCUGCUCAUUGACUGCAGGUCCUUGGAGACAAGCCUGGUGCCACUGUCAGACCCCAAGCUGGCCGUGCUCAUCACUAAUUCCAACGUCCGCCAUUCCUUGGGUUCCAGCGAGUACCCCUUGAGACGACGCCAGUGUGAAGAAGUGGCCAGGGCACUGGGCAAGGAGAGCCUUCGGGAGGUGCGGCUGGAGGAGCUGGAGGCUGGCAGAGAGCUGGUGAGCAAGGAGGGCUUCCGCCGGGCACGGCACGUGGUCGGUGAGAUCCGGCGCACAGCCCAGGCAGCAGCUGCCUUGAGCCGCGGGGACUACAGAGCCUUUGGCCGCCUCAUGGUGGAGAGUCACUACUCACUCAGGGAUGACUAUGAGGUGAGCUGCUCUGAGCUGGACCAACUGGUUGAGGCUGCACUGUCUGUGCCUGGGGUUUAUGGCAGUCGCAUGACAGGUGGUGGCUUUGGUGGCUGCACAGUGACACUGCUGGAGGCCUCUGCUGCUUCCCGCACCAUGCAGCACAUACAGGAGCAGUACAGUGGUACUGCCACCUUCUACCUCUCCCAGGCUGCUGAUGGAGCCAAGGUGUUGUGCCUGUGAGGCACCUCUGGACAGCAUAUGCAAGCAUGGGCCGAGGUGGCAGGUCAUGCAGCUCUGUGUCUGGCCCCACCUUCCUCAUUUGGGUGCUUAAUAAACAUGCCUCUGACUGUGGUA